AUGCAUCUCGAUGAGAACCACAGGGAUACCGUCGAAUUGGAGGAACAAACAAGUGGUGCUUCUUCUGAAGAGAGUUCGGAUUCUCCGUCAAAUGAGACCUUGCACCAGCAGCACCAACAAUUCAAUUUUAGGAGGCCUUCAUCUUCUACUUUACGGAAAAUCAGCGGCUGCCGAGCAGAAAACUUGAGGUAUGACCGUGCGCAUCACGACUCGACUUUACAACCCGCGCAUUUUUAUCAUCAUUCCAUAUCUGAGCCGUCUGACAGUGACGGUAGUUGUCAAUCAAUCGACGAAGAUUCUCAAGAUGCCCUACAACGGAAAACGAAGCAAGUCGAAGCCAUCUUCACAAACCGAUAUGCUAUUGAUUUCGAUGAAUAUUCUAUGAAUCCAUGCAAAAUACCAAACGAAAACUACGAAUCAAGUCAAACGCUUUCCGACGAGGUAAUUGCCAAGAAAUUUAAGAACUGGCUGUCGGCAUCUCCAUCCAGAAUCUGGUUCACGAAGCAUAGCGGGAACGAACCUUUUGCGCGGUGCAGAUAUGAUCAUUGCCGUAAAGUAUUCAGCUUCAGCACAAAUCUCACUUCUUCUAAUUUGGUGAAGCACCUCAAAACAAAUCAUAGCUCCGAUUAUGACAAGUUUUACUCAAAAAUACAUCCCACGCGAAACGAACUUGCAAGCAUGAAGAGCGUAAUUUCUGAAGCUCAAAAGCCCUUUCAAUUAUGCGCUAGCCUUAUUGACUUUUACAAAAGAAAUUCGACGAUGAUCAAGGAACUGAAUUUUUCUGUUGACAAUUUGCUACCGUUCAGUUUAGUGGAGUCCCAGUCCUUUCGUGAAUUGAUUGCUGUUGCUCUCGGCAGAAGCAGCGACCAAUUCUUUUUUUCUCGCAAGACACUGGUGAAAUAAAUUACGAACUAUCACGACAAAUUCGAGAAGCAGCUGAGGUUCACCUUGAAAAGGACUUCAAAAAUCAAUAUCCUGCUGGAUAUUGGACCUCUGCCGUCAGUAAGAGCUAUCUCGCCAUUUUAGUAUCAUUUUGUCCAAACUUGGACCGUCUCGAUCAAAACUCCCAAAGAAAGGACGUCAUAUGCCGAGGGUUUCCUAAUACCCACAUCAUCGGUUUUCAUGAUGUGAGCGCUUCCCGCCACACAGGAGAAUAUUUGGGUCAGGUUUUAGGUGAUACACUGGAUGGCUACUCACUCAAAGAUAAAGUCGCGAAUGUCACGAUAGACAAUGCUACAUACAACCUUGCAAUGCUUGACAAAAUCGAGCCCGAGCUAAUUGGAGAUGGAGUUAAUGAAGAAGGAGGAAUCAUAAGAAUUCGUUGCUUGAACCAUGUGCUCAACAUAAUUUUUAAACACGUUGUUGAAAAGUUUGAGAAACAAAAUGUGGAGCUCCUUCAAAGGAUUGAGGAACUGACUUCUAAGAUCAAAUACAACGUUUUUCUGGGUGAUUACUUCAAAAGUUACGCUGGGAAAGCAAUUCCGAAACAUAAUGAAACGCGGUUUGUGUCCCGCCAUAAGCAAUUGUCGUCCUUUUUGAAUCUCACAAACUCUCUCAGGCAGUUCUACUUUAAGAAUUACACCUAUAGAAAGUUUCAGCUCAAAAAAGAGGACAGCAGACUUUUCCUUUAUGAACCAGCAGAGAUAUAUCCUUUAAAGCUGUUUCUAAGACUCGCUAAUGUGUUUUCCGACCUAACAACGGAUAUGCAAGAUGACGCGCUGAACAAUCUCCCCAAUGGCAUACAGUUUUACACCUUGCUUCACAAGUACUUUGAAGCAUGCUCUCCAAUUCCAAGCGGUGACGUUUCCGACGAAAAUCUGACAAUUGCAGGUAUUCAGCUCAAGCACCUUGAGGCGGUGGAGGAAGCGCAAAGAUCACAUAUUUUGUCAACGAUUAUCGAGUCAAGGUCGCUUUUCGAAAAGUACUAUAAUCUUGCCAGUGCACAGAUAGGAUACUGGGUAGCUCACAUAUUGAGACCAGACAUGAAGGCCCAAUCAAUAUCCAAAAUUCUUGACACGGAGGCAGAGAAGCUUAUAAUCAGCAAAGCAUCAAACUAUGUCAAUUACUAUUUUGGUCAACAUAACUUGAACAUCCCGACAGAUCUCGCAGACAUCGACGCAAGAACUUCAUAUCCGAGGAAAGAAAGGAGGCCCAAGAAAAAGUACACCACCUGAGCGCCGGACACUACUUGAAUGGGAGACCUACAAUCAAGAACCGCUCGAUUCUCGAUUCGAUUUUAUCCACUAUUGGAUGGCUAACAGAGAAAAGCUUCCACGACCGUCUUCUUUGGCGUUAUCCUUCUACUAUACCAAAUUAUCCACGGCUGACGUAGAACGAUGUUUUUCCAUCAGUAAGAGAGCUAUCGAAGGGCGAUUUUCGCCAUCCAGCGCGAAUCUUAAGCGAACAAUGGGCUUGAGAAACCCAAGCGUAUCACGUCGAUCGAAGAGGCCAGCUGGGCGGAAGACGACGUGUCUGAUGUCUCUCUUGAUGAAGACAGUUUCAGUGAUCAAGAUUCUUGCAGUGAGUGA